CUUGGGUUGUUCCCGAUGACUGGGUCGUGGCCAGGGGGACUUGCCAUGUCCCUAGCCACCCAGCUUGCCGUGCAAGAUAUCAAUGACAACCCAGAGAUCUUACCUGGCUACGAGAUCGUCUUGAUCCCACAGGAUACAGCGUGCGACGGUGGUAAAGCAACUGAUUCAAUGUACAGAGAGUUAUUCAACAGGACAACCACUAAGAUGAUGAUCGUAGGGGGCGGUUGUUCCAUCUCCACGGAACCAACUGCGCAGGCUUCGCACCAUUGGAAUCUUAUACAGAUAUCAAUAGCGGCCUCACCACUGCUCUCAAACCGGGACCUGUUUCCCCGGACGUUUCGGCUGUUACCCCCAGAGUCUUCGUUCAACGUCGCCAAGCUCGCUAUGUUCCAGGAGUUUGACUGGACCAAAGUGGCCACUCUGCACCAGUCAGUGCCGUUGUUUUCCCUGUCAAUGGCUGACUUUCAUCGGGAUGCGAAGGACAUUGGAAUCGAAAUAAUAACCGCCGAGACAUUCGUCAAUAAUCCGAAGGUACCGGUGGAACAUAUAAAGAACUUGGGAGCCCGGAUAAUAGUAGCAGGUCUUUACGGCAACAUGGCGAGGAAGGUGUUCUGCGAAGCCUACCACCAUAACUUGUAUGGAGCCAAGUAUGUAUGGAUCAUUACAGGUUGGUUGGAAUCAAACUGGUGGCAGGUACCAGACGAUUCAAUUGAUUGCACACUGGAGCAGAUGGACGAAGUAACAGCCAAUCAGUUCGCUGUAUACAUCAAUAAUCUACCGCCAGACGAAACCAGGACACCAUCCAUAUCUGGGCUGACAACCGGCGAGUUCCUGAGGAGAUUUCAAGUGAUUUCAGGCAUGGACAAUCCUGAGAGUAUGGCGGGUUAUCUAGACAUUAGCCUGGUGUAUGACACCGUGUGGACGGAGGCACUCGCUAUGCAUGAAGCAGAGGCUAUGCUAAUGGAACUUGAUCCUCCCAGGACCCUUGCUGAGUUUGACUACGAUGACGUCACUGUGCAGAUUCUAUUUGACAUUAUCAGCAAUAUGACAUUCGAAGGCGUAUCAGGACCGGUGAAGUUCAACUACUUUGGCGACAGACUCGGAGUGCUUGAUAUUCUACAGUUACAAGACGGCAGUUCUGUAUCCGUGGGAGUUUUGGAAGCAACUGGAGAGACUGCAGAGGGUAUUAUUUGGGAUAAGAAUCGGCCAAUCUUCUGGGAGGGUGGGGCGCCUCCUAUUGACUUUAUUAUUGAGCGAGAAGAUCGACAGACGAUUCACCUGCCAGUGUUCAUCACGGGCGUCAUCUUCGCCCUGUUGGGAAUAGCACUUGCCUGCUGUUUCCUCUCAUUCAACAUUUACUUCCGGAAACUGCGUGUGAUCAAGAUGUCGAGCCCGAACAUUAAUAACUUGAUGCUGAUCGGUGGAAUACUGGCCUACGUGUCGAUCAUCUUUCUCGGUGUCGACACUAACGUCACUUCCCAGGAUACGUUUAUCUGGAUGUGCAAGGCUAAGACUUGGUGCCUUUCUGUUGGAUUCUCUUUAGCCUUCGGUUCAAUGUUCAGCAAGACGUGGCGUGUACAUAAAAUAUUCACCAACAAAACAGCGAAGAGAAUGGUGGUUAAAGAUUCCAGGUUGUUCAGCUGCGUGGCCUUCUUGGUUCUUUUCGAUGGUAUCAUUUUGAUAUUGUGGGAAGUGUUUGACCCUCUCGAAGUCAUAGAGAACAUUGGAGCUAAAGUGACCGACAGCUACAAUGAUGAUAUUGUAUAUACACCAAUCCGUAUGAUGUGCCAGUCAGCCAAUCAGAUCUACUGGAUUGGGGCCUUCUACAUCAUCAAUGGUCUACUUCUAGUAUUUGGAGCUUUCUUAGCCUGGGAGACCAGAAAAGUAUCCAUCCCGGCACUCAAUGACUCCAAAUAUAUAGGUAUCUGCCUUUAUAACAUCAUGAUUCUAUCUUUCCUUGGAGCACCAGUUUCCUUCGUCUUAGAAGAGAGAAAUUCUCACUACAUUCUGGUCUCGGCAGUUAUCUGGCUGGCAACCACACUUACACUUUGUGUACUGUUCGUUCCUAAGAUAAAAACUCGGAACGAAGUCCAGCCAGCUCAGAACACCAAUCUAACUGCAGCCACAGCUCAAAACCUUCCAAGCACUAGUACCUCCGAAGCAAAAACAGAGCUUGUGCGCCUGCGUAAGGAAGUUUGUCUGUUGCGAAAGAGAGUUGAGGAAUGCAAGUGCUCUUCGGAGGCUACAUAAAGGGAAAGUACGAACGAUGAUUGGUCAGAACUGCAACAGUCCGAAACGGCUUGCGUUCAAAUGUCAUCGACGAUUCAAAGUAUAAUUUAUUAAAACAAAAAUCCCUCCAUAUUGUGUAGUUUUCCUUCUGUACAUUGUGAAAUAACACGGUUUCAAAGUUUAAUGAGUCAACGAUUUUGUUCUACUAUGGCGUGGAAGCAGACAAACGCAAAAGGAAUGUUCGACAAAGCAUUGGUUUGAAAGACGAAGCUUCGCCAGAACUGACUGUCAAAAAAGGAAACUAAAAAGAAAUGUAUUCGUUUGGUUUGGUGUGGUCUAAUAAAGAUUUUUAAAGAGUAUGAUGUGAUUUACUGUACAGAAGCAAAAUGAUCAGGUAAUGAGAUUAUAAUUUAAAUAUAAAAGUGUUUAUAAAAUUAAAAUGUAUAGUUUUGUUUUUGUAAAUCUGUAUUUUCAAAUCCAACGCAUGUUUGGGAUGUGUUUCUAUAAUGAAAAGUAUACAGACGUUAUAGUGAGCAAACGGCCUUGAUUAUAUAUUAUUUUGUUGACGAACAACAGUCGCAAUGGAAAUCAGUCAAGUAUUUCUGUUAAGAAGUCGUUUCGGAAAAAGUUGUUAUUAUUUAAGAAGACAAAGUUAAAAGUAGAAAAAAAAACCCAUUAAAAAUACAAAUAGGUACGGCUUGAUGACUAAAUUUGUACGUUUGGACCGCGCCAACAAGCCAUUUUGAUUCACUGUAAAAUACGUUUCUGGUCUAUGUGGUAUUAUUCGAACAGUUUUGUCUUACCUUGUAAGGUUUGACCAAAGUUUUUAGUUCGACAUUAUCCUUCCGCUACUCUGUUAUUUUUCGAAACCUAUUAAGAGGUUUGUUGUGUUUGAUUAUGUAUAACAGUGCCCCCGUGGCGAACAGACUGAUGGGGGUUUCCUUUUUUAAAAUAACACUUGAAGUUAGUUAUAUAAUACUACAAAUAGCCCAUCAAUAAUUACAAUAAAGUUAGAUGCCAAGAAAUCUACAAAACACCACAAGUCUAUUUUGCUACAAUGUAAAUCAGGUGUUUGUUGUUUUGUGGUAAACUAAAAAUGAUGUCUCACCAUACUAAGAUUUGUACGUGAACUAAAGGAGAAAGUACCUGUAACUAUUCCGUACUCUAAGAACUCCCGGUAAAAAUAGGAGACUUUCUGUGACGAUAGGUGGCAGCAGACU